AUGUCAACAAGGUCUACUUCAUCUCUUGAAAUGCCCCUUCGUCCAGCUGGAUCAUCUAUCAGGACCAGUUCUUCUGAAAGUCAACCCUCGACCUCAGACGUGACUGGAUGGAGAUCAGGUUCAAGUCAAACAUUUCAUACUUCAUCUGGAUCGUUCACUUUCAAAUCCGAUGGGAGCUUUGAAGGGUAUUCUCCUCUAAGUACAGAUUCUCGUCCUAUGUACAACAAGGCUGAUUGA